CCCCCCCCCACUGACUCACACUUUGUCAAAGCAGCAAGUCUCAUUUCCUUCCCCUUCUGCCAGCCCCCCAGGCCGGACGGGGAAGCGGCGGGUCCAGAGUCUCGUGAGCCUCAGCCCUGCGAGGGAGGCCGUCGGAGGGAGCCAUGCAGUGGGUCAAGGUCUCGGUGGGGGCCACCGUCCUGUGGAUCACCAGCUGGUGCCUGCUGGCCGCAGGUCACCCCUCGGAGCUGGAGGACCCCUGGCAGCCCGGCUCCCCCCAGUCGGACUCUGCAAAUUGGCCCCACCCCACCAAGUCGGCCACUCUGGUGCCCGCCUUCACCAAGACCCCUGCCCAUAAGCAUACCACGACCCACCACCACCAUCGCCACACCACCACCACCACCACCCACACCUCCCACCCCCACACCACCACGGCCAGGAAGCAGACCACCACCCGCCACUCUGCCACUACCCACCACGCUACCACCACCCACCACGUUACCACCACCCGCCACACUACCACCACCCGCCACGCUGCCACCACUCACCCUGCCAAUCACACCUCCACUGCCCACCCGACUAGCCACCCCCAGACCACGACGCACGAGAAGCACCCCACCACCCAUCAGGCCGCCACCACAGCCCCCGCCAACCACACCUCCCACGCCCACCCCACCACCACCACCACCCCCCAGACCACGGCCCCACGGCCCACUCAGCCUCCGGGUGUGCUGGUGGGCAAUUACUCCGUCAAGCAGGGAUCCGCCGUCUGUCUGCGGGCAGAGAUGGGGCUGCAGCUGCGGGUCCGCUACGCAGACAAAGCCAAGCGGCAGGUCUGGGGAGCCUUUGCGGUGCAGCCCAACCAGACUGACUUCUCGGGGACCUGUUCCAGCAAGACGGCCACCUUGAAACUACAUUUCCCAGAGGGCUUUAUUCUCUUCACUUUCCAAAAGAAUGAAACAGAAAAGACAGCUUACCUGAGCCAAGUCCAGGCCAAUCUCACCUACUGGUUCCCCCAGGCGACGACAGAGACGACCUUCAGGGCCAACAACGCCUCCCUCCGGGAGUUCGCGGCCCCCCUGGGCAUGUCCUACCAGUGCCUCAACCGCAGCCUGGACCUCACUGAGGACUUCCACUUGAGUGCCUUGAGCGAGCGGAUCCAGGCCUUCCAGCUGCAGGAUGGGAAGUUCGGAGAAGCCGAGGUGUGUCCCGAGCAGAGGCGCUCCGUCGUCCUGCCCAUCGUGGUGGGCGUGGUCCUCGGCCUCCUCAUCGUCAUCGUCCUCGUGGCCUUCGCCGUGGGACGGUGGCGGGCCCACACGGGCUACCAGUCCCUCUGAGGGUUAUUUGGAUACCCUCCUUCCUUGGGCAGCAGCUGGUGACCCGGACUUGGCUCCUUUCACACUUAACGGACGGAGACGGCAAGAGAAAAAUGCCAGCCACUCAUCCGCUGCCCUUUUUUGGACUGCCAUUGGAGGGGAAUUUUAGCUUUUUCACAAAAUGGUCUCACUGGCGGCGGGAGGGGGGAGAGGCGGGAGGUUAAAUAAGUUAAAUCAGUACACGGGUACGCCUCGGCUUACCCCGGUUUAUUUAGUGACCGUGUGAAGUUAGAACGGGACUGAAAAAAGCAACGGCUUUUUCUGUUUUCCCACGGUUGCGGUCCCGUGGCCACCGUCACGUGAUCCAAAUUCAGACGCUGGGCCGCUGACUCACAGUUACGACGGCCGCCGUGUCCUGGGGUCAUGGAACCCCUACCCCCUACCUAAAUUGUCUUCCUUGUGCCAAGCCAUUUUUAUAAAAAUAGAAAGAAAAUUCUAAUAGGAAAGUGACUUGGCAAAGAAAGAAUUUUAAAGAGAUUUAAAAAAAAAAAAAAGAAGAUUUGACCUUUUAAAGGGGACCUUAUAGAUUUAAAUACUUCUUUGCCUAUGAUUAAAAGAACGGAAGGCUUUUAGAUGUAAUUAGACUUUUAUAAUUAAAGGUAUGACUUAGAAUUAAGAUAGCGUUUUUUUCUCUCUUUUCUUUUUUGGAUAUGAGAAAUAUGACAUAAGAGGGGUUGAUUUGAAUAAAACUUUCAGGGAUAUCAAUGCAAUUACUAUUGAGAAAAUCAUAACUGAUGAAUGUAUUUCAAAUACUGAUAGGAAAUCAAACUUUAGCAAGAGCAUGAGAAGCAGGCUGUUGACUAAUGGAUUGACAGGAUUGAUUUAUGAACCGAUAUUAUUAUUUGUAUGAUAUUAGUAAAAUGUGAUGAAGAUGCUUUUGUCUAACUCUGCAUACAUUAACAAACUUGCAAUGGAUUGUGUAAUGAAGGGAAAAUGGAAAAAAAAAUAUGGAGAAGAAAGGAAGAUCAGAGGAAAAAAUCCUGGAUUGUGUAGCAUUGAAGAGAUUUAGAUUGAAGAAGUGAAAUAUGUUAAAUAUUUGAACCCAGACAACGUGUUGUUUACUAAGCACUAAAGACUGUACUUUUUAAAAAUGAAUAAAACUUUUAUUAAAAAAACAAAACAAAAA